UGCACACAUGUGUGGAGGAGGUCACUUCCGUGUGGGGACACUCGCACGGGUUGGUGCUGAGCUAUGGCAAGCACGUUCCCAGGAGGAGCGUGUCCACCCGUGGCUCGUGUGUGUAGGGGCAGAGAGUUCCAGGAGCUUCCCCGACCCCAUGACUCCUAUUUCCAGCCCCAAACACACUCCCGGGAUGCGUGGGCUGGGACCCCCUGCGGGAAAAGGGGAGUCUCUGUGGCGUGUGUCUCCUGAUCCCUGUGAAGUUAUCCGAGUGGGUUUAGAACCAGCACUGUCCAUUGAGAAAUCCGGUUUGAUGCCUGUGGGCAGGAGACACCGUGGGAGGCCGGCCUCCAGCCCACGCGUGCGCAGACCCACACGGUUCUUACAAACAGCGACUCAGGGAGUGAAAGCUUGUGCAGAAACACACGGCACCAGUCGCCCUCAGUCCUACCACCUCACACAGACGGAAGGGGCCAGAGCUCCCGGAAGGCCUUUCCAGUUUGCUCGAGCAACACCAUUUGAAGACACACAUGAAAAGGAGAAUGCCACGGGAAGACACAGACAUGUGGGGAAGACGGAAGGACCCGGGCAGAGACACCAUGAUGCAGCCACCAGCCCGGAACGACCACCUGGGGCCACCAGAGGCAGGAAGAGGCAGAGAACAGCUGUCCCCAGAGUGAGGGAGCACAGCCCAGCGGACACCUUGCCUUCUGGGCUCUGCGACGGCCGCCGUAAGCUGCCUGGCCAGUGGGGCUUGGAUGUAGUGGCCUGGGACACUAAUGAUAUUGCACACAAAAGCACAGUGUGGACUGAAGAGGCAGGAACCACACUUACGGGUCCUGUUGGGAGGCCAUAUGACCCCGAGUCCACCACAGUGCUGAAGGGGGGCCUGGUAUCAACACAGCAACACGGACCGACCGCUGUCUCCAGCGAUGGACCCCGCAGAGAUGCCUCAACACCCGCUGUUCGCCGGACGCAGACACGGGGAGCCCGCGGGGGGUGGUCAGGAGGGCAUGCACGAGCCAGCGGGGCCACAGACGGGGGAGCCCACGGUGGGAGGGGGAUGGAGGGCACAGCCCACCAACAUCACGACUGUUCCUUCCCCUCUGGGCUAGGACCUGGCCUCCCAGUCAGUCUAGAUUUUGGGGUGAGUCCGUGGACAAGAGGAGUCGGGCCUCCCCUCCUGCCCACCAGGAGCCAGAGGGCGGGCAGCUGCAUGUGGGGACAGCGCUGAGAGCUGUAGCCCGAGUUCCGCCGCAAUCCCGGCCCCACAUUCAGCAGUUGGGCUGCAGGCUGAGUGGGCACAGCCUCGCUCUGGGCGUCCGCUUCCUCGGUGGCCCCAACCAACCCCAUCUGACCCCAUCUGACCCUUACGAGGAGCCUUUAAACAAUGUGAAUAUGUUCCUGCAAUCAUAAAACAGUCUGCA